AUGGACGAGUGUGUGGCCCUUGUGAUCGACAAUGGCAGCGGCAUGUGCAAGGCGGGCUUCGGCGGAGACGAUGCACCGCGCUCGGUCUUCCCCUCGCUGGUGGGACGGCCUAAGAUGCCGGGUGUGAUCAUCGGCAUGGAUACGAAGGACACCUACAUUGGCGAUGAGGCUCAGGGUCGGAGAGGGGUUUUGACCCUGAAGUAUCCCAUAGAGCAUGGGAUCGUCACCAACUGGGAUGACAUGGAGAAGAUCUGGUCCCACUGUUGGUACAACGAACUGCGCGUGAACCCCGAGGAGCACCCGGUCUUGCUCACCGAGGCGCCUUUGAACCCCAAGGCCAACCGAGAGCGGAUGACGCAACUCAUGUUCGAGACCUUCAACGUGCCCGCCAUGUACGUGGCCAUCCAGGCCGUCUUGUCGCUCUACUCCUCCGGGCGCACGACUGGCAUCGUCAUGGACAGUGGCGAUGGGGUUUCCCACACCGUCCCCAUCUACGAGGGCUACUCGCUGCCGCAUGCGGUGGCAAGGCUCGAUUUGGCUGGGCGCGAUCUCACGGAGUACUUGAUGUUGAUCAUGAUGGAGAGUGGCUAUGCGUUCACGACCACGGCGGAACGAGAGAUCGUGCGUGAUAUCAAGGAGAAGCUUUGUUAUGUUGCCUUGGACUUUGACAGUGAGAUGAAGCAAGCUGCAUUAAGUCACGAAGGCGCCAAGACCUACGAACUCCCUGAUGGGCAUGUCAUUUCCCUUCACGCGGAGCGGUUCCGUUGCGCAGAGCUCCUCUUUCAACCCAGCCUGAUGGGAAAGGAGGCGAUGGGCAUCCAUGACACCACCUUUCAGUCCAUCAUGAGGUGCGAUGUGGACAUCCGCCGCGAUCUCUACUGCAACAUCGUCCUCUCUGGUGGUUCGACGAUGAUGCCGGGCAUUGGUGAGCGCAUGACCAAAGAACUUAGUGCCCUGGCGCCUUCCACGGUACGAAUCAAGGUCAUUGCGCCUCCGGAGAGGAAGUACAGCGUGUGGAUUGGUGGAUCCAUUUUGUCGUCCUUGACCACUUUCCAGCAGAUGUGGAUCUCGAAGAGCGAGUAUGAUGAGCAAGGACCCACGAUCGUGCACCGGAAGCAUCCCACGCUGUCGGCGUCCAUGUCCACGUUUCCGCUGAUCACCCAGCCACCGGACGAGAAGCCGCCGACUCCGAAGAGCGAGACGGUGGAGACACCGUGCCGAGCGCCGUGCCGAGUGCACUCGGUCAAAGCCAUCGAGUUGAAAAGCCAGGCGCGGAAGUUGGCACUGGUGCAGAGAUAUGCCGCUGCAGCCAAGCUUCAAGCAAAAGCAGAGAAGAUUGAGGAGGAAUGGCGACAAAGCCACCAGGUGAAACAAAAGGAGGCGCGGCGAAACCACGAGGAGGAGGCGCUGGAGAGGGAGAGGCUUCGCUUGGAAAGGCGUCUCCAGGAGGAGCAACGCGCCCUGGGCGAGCGCGCGCUGCGUCCUGAUGAUAGGCUUACAAUGAUUUGGCGAGCAGCAGCAGCUGAUGCAUCAGCACGAGCGGAGGAAGGAGAGGCUGGUGCUCAGGCAGCAGAAGGUCUGGAAGUGCGUCGGAUCUGGAAGCCUGGAGGAGGCUCUCAAGCAAGCAGCUGGAAGAAGAUCGGAUGCCAGGAAGGCGAAGCGCCCGGCCUCGGCGCCGGACCGCGGUCGACCGCGCGGUGGACGAUGAGCGCUGACGAGAGGUGGACGAUGCCAGACUCAGCGGGGUGUGUUGUUUUGGGUCUACCUGGCGGCUGCCAGUGUUUCCACGCACAGCACGAGGGGAACACUGGCCAUCAGCAUGGCUGGGUGGUCCUUUUGUUCUCAAGAUUUCAACAUACUUUCGACCAAACAUCCGCAGUCAUGCGGCUUUGUGUUGGUGGAACAUGGGCUCAUCAUCGAAGAUGGAGGGGCCUGGCCGUCGCAUCGCGAAAAAGGCGCCUUUGCCUGUGGACACGCUGGUGGCCAGCGCACAUGGUGUUGACAGCGUUGCAAGAAUUUUGGAGGGGUGUCUCAAAUAAGCAGAGGAACCAUUAG